AUGUCGUGGUGGAGCCGACCGACACAGCAGCGGUAUGUGACCUUUGUGUAUCGUGUGCUCCCUUCGGUCAUCUAUUGGGAAUUGUGGUGUGCAAGAAAUAGGGCGUUAAUGAAUGGGGGAAGGACAACGGGGGGAGGUGUGGCUAGCCGUGUCCUAGUCAGGAUGUGGGAGUUAUUUGGGGUACAAUUCCCAACAAUAGCGUGGCCCGGUGGUUCGUGGGAGACCCUAGUGGCUCGUCCGACAACAGUCACCGUUCUGCAGGUUAAGUGGGUGGCCUCAGGUGGGGGAUAUAAGCUCAAUACGGAUGGACGUUCUCUGAGGAAUCCAGGGGUGAGUGGAGGCGGGGGAGUGCUUCGGGAUUCUCAGGGAGACUUUGUCCUGGCAUUUUCGUGUUCCUUAGGUUUCAUAACAAGCCUGCACGCAGAGUUGAAGGCGCUAGCUCAUGGGGUGCAACAGUGCAUUGCUAGGGGGUAUUUAGAGGUACAUCUGGAGGUGGACUCGUUAUCCUUGGUUCGAAUCAUAUCAGGUGAUCAGGCUUGUCCUUGGUGGCUACAGAAGGAAGUGGAGGGUCUGAUGUGA